UGCUGGAGGCAAAGCCUGGAGAACCCACUUAAAAUCCGAGAUUAUCAGAGAAGGCAACAGUUGUUUGCUUACAGAUAUAGGAGUUUUACAAAGAGGAUCGUAUACUGUACCUGUUCAUCCCGAUUUACUUUAACCGGACAACUGCCCUGUUCUCUUUUUUGUUUUGGGGUUGAGGAUUUAAAACAGUUUAGUAGAUAUAUCUUCAGCGUUUCUGAUCGUGGUCUGACUGUAUUAAUGAGAUUAUAAUCACUGGGAGAGAGUUGUUUAUUGCGGCUUGAAUUUAAAGGGAUCCCUUGUCUCAGGUGCCCAGACCGGUUCCAUUUUAAAUCGAGACACGCACCUGAGUGGGGUGGAAGUACUUUACCGCCGCUGGAAUCAGUUACUCAAAAGGAUACCAGGACAACAGAAGGAUCUAAGUUAGCCCGGCGACAGCAGAAUGUAUCCGAGCUUGGCGUUAGCAACCAACCAUGGACAGUCUGCUUACCCGCACGACUCGGGGAACUACCUCCACUCCUCCGCGAGCUCACCUGUGUACGUACCCACAACCAGGGUGCCUUCCAUGCUCCAGACGCUGCCGUAUCUCCAGAGCUGCGACUCGGCACAUCAGACUCACCAUCUGGGCAGCCACCACGGCUGGGCGCAGGCUGGUACAGAUACUACCUUUAACCCGGGAAGUCCACACGCUCCGUCCGGGUUCUCCUACUCGCACAGCACCGCAGUCAGCAGCAGCACCAGGGAAGGAGCAUACCAGAACCCAUUGGUGAUCAGCAACAGCGGCAGAGCGGAGCAAUAUGGUAACGCUUUAGUGCGCUCGGUCAGUGGAUCCUAUUCUAGCCCUUACCCGACCUACAUGAGCCCGGAGGUGGCAUCGUCAUGGGCACCAACACACUUCGAAACCACCAUGAUCCAGAGUCUUCAGAACAGGCGGUCCAGUUUAGAUCUCAUGGAAGAAUUUCCGGGCGAGGGUCGAGAAUGUGUUAACUGCGGCUCCAUCUCCACGCCGCUCUGGAGGAGGGAUGGCACGGGCCACUAUCUCUGCAACGCCUGUGGGCUCUACCACAAGAUGAACGGCAUCAACAGGCCUCUUAUCAAACCACAGAAAAGACUGCAGUCCUCUUCCCGGCGCGCGGGUCUGUGUUGCACGAAUUGCCACACCACCACCACAACGCUGUGGAGACGGAACGCUGAAGGGGAGCCGGUGUGCAACGCUUGCGGGCUUUACAUGAAACUUCAUGGGGUUGCAAGACCACUGGCUAUGAAGAAAGAGAGCAUUCAAACAAGAAAGAGAAAACCAAAGAAUCUGAACAAAUGUAAAAACUCCACAGGUUCCUCGGCUUCCAGUACAAACUCACCCUCUUCAAUAACUACCUCUGAGAGCGCCUCCACUAUAAAAAGUGAACCCAACAUGUCUGCCUCCCCCUUUGCAGGCCAAACGGUGGCAUCUGUUACUCAGGCAACAGCUCACACAGACCACGGACAUUCAGAGCUGAAGUAUGAGGAUUACCACUUCACACCAUCCUCCAUCGCCCAACAGACCGGACUAUCUGUUCCUGUACGACAGGAUUCAUGGUGCACUUUGGCACUGGCAUAAACUCUGACCUUCCAAUGUAUGAUUUUGGACCAACUUUUCAACAUGCUUUAUUGAUGGACACCAUUUAAGAACUACCUAUGGACUUGAGAUGACGACUUAGUUGUUGAUUUAAAUGUAGUUUUUAACUUUUCAAUUUGAUUGCGUCAGAUCACGCGUGACUAAAAACACAGUUUAUUUUUUGGAAAUACUUAAAACAUUACUAUGACCUCUAUGUGGUACUUGGUUUCUAUAGAAAUCUGAAAACUCAGUUAAAGUAUAAGAGAAGCAUUUUUCUAAACCAAAAGAACACUUUUAAUUAAACUAAUAAAUGAUUAACUAUUUGGCUUCCAGUGAUUUUCAUUUCUGUAUGACAAUCUUUAAGUGCAAUGACUUUCACUUUAAAAAAAAAAUACUGAAAAGGGAAUACUACUAAUUUUUAAAUGUAUGAAUUUGUAAACAUAUAAUUAUCUGCUGUAUUUUAAGUUGUUUUAUGUUAUUUUAUUAUAUUUGGAGUUCAGUUUUGGGCGCUCUUCCAGUUCUGUUUAAAAAAUCACGGGGAGUGUUUCAAAAAUGAAAACAACAUCAACACAAGCUUUUCAUGGUAAAAGUUGUUGAAAAAGGGGUAAAUGUGCAUAAUAAAAAUAUUUCUUAAGCUUGUAAA